AUGUUUCUCCGACUGGACUAUAAAAAGUCUCCUUCCUGGCCCAAGCCUGCUCCUAAUGAGGAGAGAGGGGCGAGUGCUGACAGCAGGUCAGUGAGCACGCUCUGCCCCCACCUCACUGCCCGUCCACGUGCUGGCUCGGGGCCCCCAGCCAGAAGAGCACGUGUGGGCUCUGCGGCCGCACCUCCCGCUUGCCCGCGCUCCGGCCGGCUCCAAACCCCACCGGCUCCCUGGGUUUACCGGGGCAGCAUCGCGCCCAGGCGAGCGGUGCCUCGAGGUGGCCUCAAACGCGGCCGAGGCCACGCCGGCAAACAUCCACCCCUCACGUGCUCUCAGCCCUCCCGGCUGCCAAGGCCGAGCCCGCCAGCCUCGCGGGCCUCCUCGGAGCUGCCAUCAGCCACAGCAAUCCAGCCGUGCAGGCCGGGAACGUGGCGGCCAUCUUAA